GAGAAACAACGCUUGUGUUAGAACCGAUCAUUGAGAACCUCAUUAGAAGAAUGGAACUCAACCGAGAACAUUUUAGCGCCAUAAUUUAUUACAACUUUCAGAGACAAUUAUCGCAACAAGAAUGCCUUGCUGAGUUACUGUCUGUUUUCGGCAACGAAGCGCCACAUCAGUCGACAAUUUCCCGUUGGUAUGAAGAAUUCAAACGUGGACGGGUGGGUCUUAGCGACGAUCCCAGGGUGGUCACCCAGGAAAACGUCGAUGCUGUGUGCAAACUCAUGAUUGAAGAUAGACAUGUGACAUAUCGCGAGAUUGAGGCAAAAUCAGUUUCUCGUUGGAUACCCCACCUGUUGACUGAAGAGCAGAAAGCUGCCAGGGUUAAUUGGUGUCAAAACACGCUUGACCGUUUCAAUUCCGGAAACUCAAAAAAUGUGUACAGCAUUGUUAGUGGUGAUGAAUCGUGGAUUUACUGUUAUGAACCAGAAAAUAAACGACAGUCGGCUGUUUGGUCAUGUUCUGGAAGUGUUUCGAAAAAUAUUGUCGCGACCUUUGUGUCAAAAGCGGGUCAUAUUGCAACAAUUCCUCUUAAUGAGCAAAGAACUGUUACUGCGGAUUGGUAUACCACCAUUUGUUUGCCAAAAGUCAUCACCGAGCUCCGGAAAAUCAACCUCGAAAGAAGAAUCAUCCUCCACCAAGAGAAGCUGGCACACAUCCCAAAAAACAAGGCAGUAUUUAACGAAAGAAAACAAAAAGCAGUUGACGCAUUCCAAAAUGCCCUUUUCUAUCUGCCAGCAAACGAGUGGAAUAAGUGCUUCGAAAAUUGGUUCGAGCGCAUGCAGAUGUGUGGAGAUCUUCGUGCAGAAUACUUCGAAAAACAAUAA